GCGUUCACACUUUUAGUCCCUCCCAUCAUCAAUCAGUUAGAUCAUCACUAUCGUCUCUCUCUCUCUCUUUCAAGCUUCUCUGCGUGCGAGUUGGUCAAACAAUAGUUGCAGGAUAGUGAAGAAGGAGAUGGAUCAUCAAAAUGGAUACGGUGUGGAAGUUACUGGUUUAUCACCAGCUGUCACUGAGAAAGAUCUCGUGGACUUCUUCUCCUUCUCUGGUGCAAUUGAACAUAUUGAUAUUGUCAAGUCUGGUGAGCAAGCGUGCACUGCUUAUGUGAUGUUCAAGGAUUCUUAUUCUCAAGAAACUGCUGUUUUACUCACUGGAGCAACGAUAUUGGAUCAGCGCGUUUGCAUCACUCGUUGGGGACAGCAUCACCAGGAGUUCGACUUCUGGAACGCGGCUCCGCGGAGCUUUGAAGAUGAAGCUAACUCACAUCCUCAUCCUCAACGAGGUGAGUUCAACGCGGGAGAAGCAGUGACAAAAGCUCAAGAAGUGGUGAAAUCAAUGCUGGCUACAGGGUUUGUGUUAGGCAAAGACGCUUUAACCAAAGCUAAAGCCUUUGACGAAUCCCACGGUGUAUCAGCUGCGGCAGUUGCUAGAGUAUCUCAACUAGACCAGAGGUUCGGUCUCGCUGACAAAAUCUUCGCUGGGGUUGAAGCUGUCAGAUUGACCGACCAGAAGUACCAUGUCUCAGACAAAGCCAAAUCAGCCGUCUCCGCCACGGGAAGAACCGCAGCUGCAGCUGCAAGUAGCGUUGUUAAUAGCAGUUACUUCUCCAGCGGAGCUCUUUGGCUGUCCGGUGCGUUAGAGCGGGCGGCUAAGGCUGCCUCUGAUCUCGGUAGCCGCGGACCAAGGCAGUGAAUAGACCCGACAAACUGAUCAGAACCGUAUUCAUCUGUGAAUAUGCAUGUGAUGCAAAGGUGAUAAUGAAUAAACUUACUGGCUUGGUUAUAAACUGUGUAUCAAAACGAUUACUAUAGACAAAGACGUGCCACGUGGAUUCAUACGGAUGGAUUAUGUCUUUCGAUAGAGCUUUGGCCAAGUGGCGCAAUAUGUACCAAUGAUAGGAUGCAAAAAACACAGAACUUAUCCUCU